UUUUUGAACGAAAAAUGCGCGAAUUUGUAGUUCACGAUUCUACGCAAGAGGUCCUCACAGUUUCUUCAAUUGUUCUCAACUUUGUUGAUCAGUUGCAUGUGUUGCAAGAUACAAAUUUUACAAGAUUUAUUUAACGCGAAUAAACGAAAUAUCAAUUACUAGGGAGACGAAAAAUUGUCAAAAUGACUUUAAAUCCAACUACGAAACAAAGAAUAGCCAUCGUUUUGGAUGUCAGUAAAUUUGUGUUUCAGUGGGGCUUUAUUCCUGCUGUCCUCUUCUUAGGAUUCAGAAAAGGUGCAGACCCGGGAAUGCCCGAAUUAUCUGUUAUGAACUUGUUGUGGCAGUAAAUUCUCCUUUUUCUCCUGAAAAAUCAUGUAUUAUAUAUGUUACACAUAAAAUACAAUAAGACUAAUAUGUGACUAUCAUAUGAUGAUUCUCUCCCAUAAUCCAGAGUAAUUGAUUGUAUUUUAUUGAAUAAAUAUUAAAUAUUAUUAAGUGAA